AUGCCUAAAUCAACAAUCCCCGGUCUAACCUCUAGUAGCGAUUCUUUAGACUACUAUUACUUGGUAUUUGCGCGAGACAUUGCACUAGCACAACCUAGUAGUGACAAUUUGCAACAAGGUUCAAAUGUCAAAUUCACUACACGCAUCAACAAUCCCAUACAAUUCCAAAAAGCAAAGGUAAACGGGAUUGUUGUGUCUAAACAAUCUUUUUCCCGAUCAAACAAAUCCAAAGAUGUACCUAAUGCUGCAAAUUGUGUUUGGCUUGAUGAUAGUACUGCAAUAUUACGCGCAUUUUUUACCGAACGUUCCUCUCGUCGCCACGAUUUCCAAGACAUAGCAAUAGGUAGUCAGUUAACCUUAUUCGGUAAGGUUAGACGACUAGAAACAAAUGAAAAUAUUCUUCUUUGUAGUGGGUACAAUGUGGAGAAUGAUUUAGAGUCUGAAGUAUACCAUUGGGUCAAAACGAUUCAGCAAAGUUUUCCAGACGAUUUAUCAAAACCUUUUAGUGAUAAUAGUAACAAUAAGGAUAAGGAUAAGGAUAAGGAUAGUAGUGAUAAUAGACAAGUAAUUCGAAAAAUACCAGCCAAAAGUAUUUUUCGUACUCUUUCCUCUCAAGUGGCUGAACCCAAAAGUAUUUCACCCGAGACAAAAUCUCCUGAAAAUGGCUUUAUCGAUUUAUUCUCGGAAAACUCUUUGUGGGAGGGAUCACCAAGCCAUCCCAUCUUCACAUCCACGCCGAUAUUAAAGAGACCGCAGUUUGGCUCAAGUUUGAAUUCACCAAUUUUCCCUCUGUCCAUUGGAUCUACUACAACACCACAAAAUCAAGAAUCGAAACCAGAGCCAGAGCCAGAACCAGAACCAGAACCAGAACCAGAACCAGAACCAGAACCAGAACCAGACUCAGACGACAAAUUAAACGUAGAUGAUGAUUAUGAUGAAGAAAAACAAGCCAUGUUUGAUUAUAUGGACGAAGCCUUUUAUUAUAAUGAAUUUGUUGGAUAUGAGCUUGACGAGUUAGAAUACGAAUAG